UGCGGCAUACCCAUGCAGUGUGCCCUACUGAGGGCACUCGCUGGCUCCCUGCGCGCAAUCACCUGGUGCUGAAAAGUUUCUGCGGGAUUAUUUGGACACCUGUGGUGGUGUGCUGAAGCUGUGGUGGUUGUGCCGGAGUAUGCGGCAGUGGACCGCGGGAUGUUCGGAUGCCCGGCCCGGCUCCGGUGGAUCCUCCUGCCGCUCGACAUGAAGAUUUCGGUCGGUGUGUCGCUGCUCGCGUUUCUGCUUUACCUUCCGCUUAUACAGGUUUUUACCAUACUGGGCAAUUCCCAAUCCAAAGUGCUUCUGUUUGAGGAGGCUUGGGCCCGCAGUCAGUGCCGCUGUCUGGAGCAGAUGGUGUACGUGGAGCAGGAGUAUCCCGGCGCAGUGGAGCACAUCUACAGUCCUGGCUGUGUCCCGCUGCUGCGCUGCUCCGGCUGCUGCAACGAUGAAAAACUAGCAUGCUACCCCGUCAGCACGAGCAACAUCUCCAUACAGCUGCUGAGGAUCACUCCAGCAGAGCGGCGCAGAGAUUAUGUGCUUCUGUCCUUUCAGGAGCACCAGAGCUGUGAGUGCAGGCCCAGAAAACACCAGCAGAGGCACCAGCACAAAAGGAGACGGAAGGGGAAACACAGAAGGAGGAGAAGAGGCUGGAAGAUCAGAGACUGAGAUGCUGCUGGAGUCAGCCUCUUCAUCAUCAUCAUCAUCUUCAUCUUCGUCAUCGCAAGCAGCAUUUCUGGACACAUUAGAGUGGACAUGUGAUGAAUUACACUGAAUAUAAUGUGGAUCAGACACAUCUUUUCCCAGACACUGAGAAAGAUCAGUGCAAUAAUACAAACAACCUUCCAGACUGCAGCAGACAGGCCAACAGAUGGAAAAUACUCUUAUAAUAAAGCUGUUUUAAAGCGACAGUUCACCCAAAAAGCAGAAUUCUGUCCUCAUUUUUGUCCACAUUUGAGUUUUUUCUGUCUGUUGAAGUGCUAUUGACUUCCAUAAUGUUUGUUUUUCCUACUAUGGAAGUCAAUGGUUACAGGUUUCCAGCAUUCUUCAAAAUAUCUUCUUUUGUGUUCAACAGAAUAAAUAAGCACUCGAGGGAGAGUAAAUAGUGAGUAAACUGUAUUUGUUUUGGGUGAACUGUCCCUUGAGCAAACAGUUCUACUAUGCAGUGAAUGUUUAUC